AUGGAACGAUUUGACAGACUUCUUGUAGAGCAACGGAAGGCAAUUACUCAAACCGAUGAAAAGAUCGACCGUCUCCUCAAAUUCGUUACCGAAUAUGAGGAUCUGCGGGGCCGACUUGAGGGAAUGUCCAAGUGCUUUUCUAAAGAAGCUCUCAUUCCACUUUCCCCUAAGGCUUUAAUCCCCGGCCAUUUUGUACAUACUAAUGAAGUGCUAGUCUACCUCGGUGGUCACUCCGAACACUUCUGUGAGGUCUCAACCUACCAAGCUUUCAAAAUAAUCGAUAAGAGACUUGGGCGCAUUCAAGAAUCUAUCAAGAAACUCAAAGAACAACGGAAGCUCCUAACCGACCGUGAGGGCUUUACUCAGAGACUAGUCAAAGGGGAAGAACCUCAAAGCGUAUUGGGAGCAGAGGAGAAUGGUGAAGGGGAGUUCGAAAUUAGGGAAGACUAUGAUCUCGAGAAGGAUAAAGAAUGGCUUAGGAAGCACAAAAAGAGCGUUCAAAAGGAGCUAGCUAGAGAGCGUAAGGAAUCGAGAAUAUCGUUUUGUCGUGUUAGAUUCAAUGACGAUGAAGAGGAAGCGGAAAACGAUUCGUCUGAUGCUUCCUGUCUCCCUGAUAUUGAAAUCCACUAUUCGCACAAUCCAUCGAGGCCAUUGAAUCCUACUAUCUCUGACUUGAGUAAAGCUUCACCAGCUGAUGUUGUUGCUUUUGUGAAGAGGAAGAACUUGGAAACUAAAGGUAUCCUCAAGAAUAAGGAAGAGGUCAGUCCUAUUGAACCAAAGCCUGUACAUAUCGAACCUUUUGGAGAUAAUGAAAAAGGUAUUCCCCAAGCAUCUGCCCCGUUUAACAAUCCUUUCGCUCAGGUUAUUGAGAGAAAUGUUUCAACUGUGUCUACAUCAUCAUCUGCUGAAUUCCCUUCUAAUGGUACACCUAACACACCCGUCCCUAAAUCCUCCAAUCAUCCAAUUUCUAGAUUUCGAUUACAACAUAUGUCAAAGUAA